UGUGAAUCACCUUUGCCCCCUUACUCGUCAGGACUAGACUAGUUCGUUUCCUCUUCGACGACUAUUAAAACUCAAGCCCAAGCUCGUCGUUUACCUACUUCUACAUUCUUCUGCCAAUGAGCAUUACUCCAACAAAGCUCUCUCUACCUUACCAGCUGCGAUAUCACCAUGCGUGGACUACUCCAAGCUGCCAGAGCCGCGAAUAUCUCGCGAGCUCCCAAGUACAACCUCCUCGUCUGCUUCGACGCGUUCGAGACCCUCUACGCACCCAAAGAGCCCGUCCAUAAGACGUACGGCCAGUUUGCGCGCGAUAACGGCCUUCAACAUGCUAGCGACGAUGUUGUGGCUGUUUAUCUUCACGACCGCAUCACCACGGCUGCCAAAGAGUACCCCAACUAUGGCAAGCAUGUCAAGGGCAUGGACCCCGAAGCUUGGUGGAUGAAGGUUAUUAAGAAUAUCUUCGUCGAUGUUGAGCCCAGUCUGAGUGACGCAGCUCACAAAGAGCAGCUGGAUGAUUUGGGUCGUAGACUCUUCCACCAUUUCUCCACUCGCGACGCCUACAUAACUGCGUCCAAUAUGCCCAAGCUUCUCCAGUCUUUGAAGCAUCACAAAUCCAACAGCAAGCUGGACAACCCCUCCAUCGGCCAUGUUGUUCUGGGCGUCAUCAGCAACUCUGAUGACAGGGUUGGCGGCAUCCUCUCCUCCCUGGGCCUCGACGUCAGCCCCUUGCGUUUCCAAAGAGAAUCCAAGAAAGAGACUCACUUCGAAAGUGCUCGCCCCGUCGACGGCAAGUCGUAUGAUAUUGACUUUACCGUCAUGUCAUACGACGUUGAGGAGUCAAAGCCACACAAACUGAUGUGGCAGGCAGGAGAGAUGCUGGCUCGCAGAGCGGUUGUCCAUGAGCUCGGCAAGUUUGAUGAGAGCGUUCCUUGGUUGAAGCUCUAUGUUGGUGACGAUAUCAAGAAGGACGUUGAAUCUGCUUGGGGUUGUGGAUGGAAUGCGGUCCUUUUGAAGGAGUUUAUCACUGAGCAUCCUCCUGAUGAGCGGUUGGAAAGCUUGGAGGAGGAACUUCUGGCAAGGCCAGUUACCCAGGUUUUGGCCGGUCAACCCCGAAUGUUUACGGUCAACAAGCUCGAGACUUUGGUUGAUUGGAUUGUGAAGAGAGGUUUGGAGGUUCCCGCUGGUUCUAUGGAUGCCGAUGCCGCGGCCAACAGCUCUGAGGAGAGGUUCAAACUCGUUGAUAAGAUGGAGUGAAGAGAGCCUAAGAAGACAUAUACCGGUAUCGUUGCUUUUGUACUAUUAAUUAACAGGAAUUUUCCCACAGGGUAUUACCAGGGAGCAUUUCACCCUAUUGUCAGAUACCCCUAUUGUACUAUUAAUCAAAC